UCCAGUUUUCCUAUAUAUUCAUUAUAUUUGGUUUACUUUGUCCACGUUUAAGUUUUCGUCUAAUAAAUCAUUUAAUCUACUCGUCGUCGUACAGCAACAUGUUCACUAUCAAAUCACCAACAGAAGAUUUAUAAGUGCAAAAUAAACAGGAGACAGGACAGGAGAAAUAAAAAAAGAACUACAUACGCUUGGAGUAACAAUAUCAACAUGUAUAAUAAUUUUCGAAAACCUAAAACAACCCUACAAAAUUCAUGGUUAAAUAGUAUUGCUGGUGAUGGUGCUGGUACUGGUGGUGAUAAGGGAAUUGCUAAAACAAAACCAUUAACUAUAGCGGCAGCAACAUCAACAACUAAAUUGAGAAAAACCACAAAAGCCAUUAUCACUUUUAUAGCGGCCUAUUUUGAGGACAGCAAUAUACAUGGUUUACAAUAUGUGGUCAAAGGAGGUCUAACAACAAUUGAAAAUUGCCUUUGGUUGACACUCUUAAUUAUAUCAAUGUAUUUUUGUGUGGAAAUUGGUUUGCAAUCUGUUGAUCGUUAUUAUACAAAAAGCACUGUUGUUGGCCUGGAGCGAGAUUUCCACUAUUGGAACACAACUAUGCCAAGUGUUACUAUUUGUCCAUUAAUACGUUUAGAUAUCAAACUAUUCAAUGAAUAUUGCCG